GCGAUGCUAGAGAUAACGUGGCGGCAGUCGGCGCAUGGCUGCGCAUGGCGCGCGCUGAUCGUUGUGAACGCGUUUAGUAGGUUAUAUGACUUGACAACGUCUGUGUCGUGGUUUCGUUACUGUCGCGUCGCGGGUCGAUUUGUCGGUGACAGAGGCGCGGUCAGCCGUCGAUGCGGCGGUGAGUGGCGAGCGCGUAAAAUGGCGCCCACGCGUGUGAUUUUGAUGUCAUGUGGGAGCUACAAUCCGCCAACCAAUAUGCAUUUACGCAUGUUCGAAAUCGCUCGCGACCACUUGCAUCGGAUGGGGACACACGUCGUCGUCGGUGGAGUGAUAUCCCCUGUGCACGAUGCGUAUGCCAAGAAGGAACUGGCCAGUGCAAUGCACAGAUGCUCAAUGCUACGAUUAGCCUUGCAGAACAGUGAUUGGAUUCGGUUGAGCACGUGGGAAACCAGGCAAAACUGUUGGACUAAGACCCGCGUAUCUCUGCAACACCAUCAGAAUCUGCUCAACUCUAUGCUGUCCAAUUCCAAUGAUAUUAUACACCACUUGCAGACAGAAGACACGGACUGGAUUCCAGAGAAUGUGAAAAACAGUUCAGACAAUACACCUAUACAGAUCAAACUACUGUGCGGUGCGGAUCUUUUGGAGAGCUUUGCCAUUCCUGGACUUUGGGUUGAGGAAGAUAUCGACGCAAUCGUCGGUGAACAUGGUCUCGUGGUUAUCACUAGAGAAGGUUCCAAUCCUAACAAGUUUAUCUAUGAUUCUGACAUUCUUUCUAAGCAUAUGCAUAAUAUUUGCAUCGUGACUGAAUGGAUACCGAACGAAGUGAGCUCAACAAGAAUCAGGCGAGCUCUUAAACGCAGCGAAAGCGUCAGAUAUCUGCUGCAGGAUUCCGUGAUCGAUUAUAUUUAUAAGCACGAGAUCUACGAUGCGAGAGCGCCAGACACGACAAUUAAGUUGGAACUAUCAUCGCCGAAUGCGAACAAUUACCUGCAUAUAGAUCCCCGAUACCUUGCCGCGUUUCUAACGCCGUCACCCAGCGAUGUAACCAUGGACUCGCCGAGCCCGAUCGAGAUCGCCGUGAGAUCGUCCAUCGACGUGCCGGACGCGGUGGUGCUACGCAAAAACCUGCAGAAUGCAGGUUGUGGUGGUGGUAGGCUUGACGAAGCUCGUGAGCAAUUCAUUAAUAACACAAUCGGCAAUAACGUCGACAAUGGCAACAUCAAGCACGUAGCUAAAGCCGCGUACCCGGGUCAGGCAAAGCAGGUCAUCGCCAACAAAAUCGGCAUUGCGCGAAUUGUAGAGGUAGGUCUGCCCGACGAGCCGAAGUUUCGGUCUGAUUCUUCAUCAGAGGAUCGUAGAUCCACAAUGGAAGGUAUCGCGAGGGAUAAAGUUAAGAUCGAACAGAGGGAACUUUCCGAUUUAAGAUCUAAAACAAAAGCUGAUUUAGGUUCGAACGAUGAUCGUGAGAUAAUAGUAAAGAUUUUACCUGACCUUUCAAGUUCUGGUAAAUUAGCAUUAAAUAAAGAUCGUAGGUUCGUGGAAAGCAAUGUGAAAGGUAAAGAAAUGUCAGAUCUAAAGUCCAGAGCGGAGGUUGCUGGUGUCGGUUUAGGUUCAAAUGAAAUAAUAUUGAAAAUUCAACCUGGUCAGUCGAGUUUUAAUGAAACGUUGCCAAUAGAAGGUUGUAAGUCAAUAAUAGAAAGUGUAAUAAAGGGUAAAACUGAAAUUGAACAAAGAGAAGUCUUACAGUUGAGGUCUAAAGCAAAUGUUACCGAUGUAGAUUUAGGUUCAAACAAUGAUGGUGAGGUAAUAGUGAGAGUACAACCUGGUCCUUCUAAUAUUAGCGAAAUACUAAGAGAAACUCAUAAGUCGACAGUAAAAAGUACAGCAAUGGAUAAAACCGAAAUGGGACAGAAUGAAGUCUUAGAUUUGAGAUCUAAGACAAAAAGUGCUGAUAUAAGCUUGAUUGAUAAUGGGGAGACAAUGCAAAUUCAAGCCAAUCAAUCAAGUUCUAGUGAACUUCGACUGGGAGAAUGCUGUUGGCCAACAAGAGAGAAUACUGCGAAUAACAAGGCUGAGAUUUGCAGUAAAAACAUUAUUUCUACGAAAGAAAUAUUUGAUAUUUCGGAAUUUUACUUAGAUGAUAGAAACACGCUUGCUUCGAAGAAAAUAAUUGAUAACGAAAGUACGGAUCAAUCUAAUCUUAACAAACUUGAACUGGAAAAGGAUUCUAAGUUGAUCGCAGAAGGAAAGGAUGACAUUAGUAGUAAAGAAAUUAGCAUUAAGAAAGAAAUACAUGAUGUAAAGCCAAAUUUCGUUGAGACUGAUAACGUUGUAAAGAUUCAGCCUGCUCAUUCUAGUCAUAACAUAGUUGUAACAAAGAAAGAUAAUUCUAGAUUGAUGACGGAACAGCUUACGGACACUAAAAUUAUGUCUGAAGAGAGAAAAAGUAAAUAUAAGGAAAAUUUAGAAUUAAAUAAUACCGAGAAGAAUGACGCAGAAUCAGCUAAAUCAGGCUUGGAAAGAAUUAUGAAAAAUAAUGUUAAAAUGGACGAUACGGAAAUCAGCUUCAAGAAGGAAAUAGCCGAUUCUGAGUUAGACAAAGUUAGAUAUUCAGAAACCAAAGCAACAGCUUCGCCAUUAAACGUCUCUAUGACAUCAUUGGAUGGUCGACACGAGUGUGCUCUCUCCGACUUUAGCGUAGAUAAGGAGGACUAUCGGCUUAGCCAAUAUGUUUCCGAGGGAGAAGAAAAGGGAAAAUCUUUACGUACCGCCGAAUCAAGUUUGACGAAACAUAUUGAUGAUCAAAGUGAAUAUUUAACAGAUACAGCUGAUUCUAUAGGUAAUAAUAAAAUUUGUGCCAAAAAGGAUGACAUCCAGUCAAGUAACAGUCAAGUAUUGGUCAGUGCAAUGAUUCACAAGAGUUACGAAGGGGAACCUGAUUAUGUUACGACUGAAGAGAUCGAUAAUCGCGCAAAAUCUCUCGAAGAAACGGAUCAACAGAAAUUCAUCGAGGAAAGAUUAUUUUCAGAGAUCAAAACAAACGAUAAAAUUGACGUUGACAAUAGAGAACAAAGUGAUUUUGACGCGCAAUCCUCAGAGAGACGGGUAAUACCUAACGAUCCAAAUCUUGAGAUAGAUGGCAAGUAUUUGAAAUCCAUUGUGAAUUCACGUAAAAGCCCAAAGAAGAUCAGAGACGGCCAAGUUUAUGACAUCGAUAUCAAAGAACAGUACCGAUUCACGGAUAAUCAACCGAUGCUUCUAUCUGAAGAAUUUCAAAGUCCUUCUAGGAAGAUGGAAAAUUCCGAAAGGGUUAAAAAAGAUCAGAUCUAUGAUGCAAGUACUGACAUCGAGAAGAAAGAUCGAAUUAUUGAUAAUGAAGAGAUGUCUCAUAUGAAAGAAAUCUUCCAAGACUCUUCCAAGAUAGUUUCUACUAAAACAAAGAGUGCCAGAAAAAUCGACGAACUUUAUGUUGGCGAUAAUAAGCACGAAUUCAAAGAUCACGAUAAGUCUAUUAGUGAUCGAGAAGCACCUUAUGUGGAGAAUGUCUUCCAAAGUCCUCCAAGAUCAAUUUCUAUGAAGACAAAAAGUCCUAAAAAAACUGACAAGUUUCAAAUCAGUGAAAGUGACCGCGAAUUCCAAGAUAAAUCCAUUAGCGAUUCAGAGAAAGCUUCCCAAAAGUCUUCACGUACGUCUACAAGUACAAAAAGUCCUAAAAAGAUGAGGAAAAGUCAAAUUAUUUAUAGAAGCAACGAGAUGAAAGACUACGAUCGAUCUAUCAAUGAUCGCGUGAUCUCUCAACUCGAAGAAGUUUUUCAGGAUUUUUCAAAGAAACCUUUAGCGAAACCGGAAAGUUCUAAAAUUGAUCAUGAAAGUUAUAUCGAAACGAAAAAACAACAUCUAUCAGUUGAUAGUCGAGAUGCAUCUCGAUUUGAAGAACUUCCUCAACGUUCCUCGAAAAUGUCUUCCAUGAAAAGCCCGAAGAGAGCACAAGAGCAAAAGAGUGUAAAAAUGGACGACAAGAAAGAACAAUCUAGACAAGAAAAGAUGAAAGAAACAAGAAACGCCGAAAAUAAGACGAAGCAAGACUUCCACGAGAUCAAAGAUGUGUACACGAGAAAGGUGCGUCGUUAUAACGUGCCUCUUCAGGGCAGUCUAGACUCGAUGAUCGUGUCUGAGGAAUUAAACAUGCAAAAACCGAAAAAGGAUGAUGCGUUUUCGAAGAAAUCGAAAAGCUACGAGUCCAUCAAGCGCAUGCAGGAAGUAUUCCUGGGCGUGCCGCCAUCGAAGGCAAACAGUAGUGGCUCUCAGCUUGACAUACCGGACGAAUUCUGCUCGAUUUGCUGUUACAUGAACGAGAUUAAUUUCCGAACAGAAGAAGAAGUAAGUAGUCCGAAUCAAGAGACAUUCUAUACACUCAGAUCUACUUGCAGCUCGUUGGCCGAUGACGAUGAGUCCAUUGAAUGCGAUAUCUGUGAGUCGCUCAAUCUUCAGGAGCCUAUCGAUGAUCUGGAGGGCAAAGUUCAGGAGAUCCCUUGUGAGCUCUGCAGAAUCUGUGGCGAGGUGGACGGUAGCUACGAGCAGAGCUCUGCGCUGCCAUCGGACAGAUAUACCUUCAAGGUUGCCGAACCGCGAGACGAUGACGACAGCUUCGAGAUCGAAAACUGUGGCUUCCAGAGUGGCACUGAAUCAACAGACGAUCGAAGUAGAAUUUCCGAGAAGGAGAAAAUCAAGGAUACUGGAAGACCGAAGUCGCAGUCUCUGUUUAUCCAUGGUUCCUCGAUGAUUAGGGACCAGCCGCGAGAGCUGUAUUUUAUACCCAAGGACGAGAUUGCUAUCUUGACGAGUGGAGCCAGGAAAAUCAGUCGCAAGGGUUCCUUGUUCAGAAAAAAGGAGGAUGUCGGCGGAAGUGCACGAGACAAUAGACGAUACUCUUCAGUAGAUAGUCUUCAGCUAGCGAAAAUGUCCUCGAAAGCGAAUGAUAAGAUGCUCGAAGUCACAAAGGAUCCAACGCUGAUCGGAUCUGCUGAUAACUUGAUAUCGAGAGAUUCGAGAAGAUCCAAAUCACUGCAGCGAUCGGCUGAUGAUCGAGUGGAGUGCCUCAAUUCGUCCGCAGGUAAUCUGGUGGAGAAUUUAGAAAAGGAAAAUGAACCUGAGGGAUCUGUUCGGAAAUCAAGUAUUCGCGAUAAAGAGGCAGUGAAGAUGAUUCUCACGCAACAUGGAAUUAAAAUUAUCAGUGAGAAGGAAACCGCCUUAUAAUCAAAGUUGACCGAGUCAGCUAUUCGUAAAUAUUUUCGUUAUAUGAAGUAAAUGGAAAAUACUUUAAAUAGUUCAUUCAAAUAUUAGAAAUUAUUCGAAGAAGAAUUCGAACACAAUAGUGAUCUAGAACCAGAAAAAAAAAUA